CGUAUGGCCGCAAAACCGGCUCUGGGAAGGGUAUUCAUUAUCGUAGAUUUUCACUUUAUCACGCGCCUCAGUGCGCUCAAUUUUACAAUGGAUGUGGAUGCUCAUGCAUUCUGAUUCUGAUUUGACGAAUGAUUCUGAGCAAGUCACUCGCUCGGCAGUUAAAAAACCAACGCAGAAUAACACAGGUUCCAGUCCGCCAGACCGACCCAGCGCGUUCAAGACCCAGAUGAACCACAACGCAAACAAGCCUGCAACUUCGGUUGCUUUGCCGAAGCGUCGCUUGCGCAUUCUCACGCAAGCGCGCAAGAUUGCGGCAGCGUCGCAGAAACACGUGAAGACGAUGACGGCGGUAUCCAAAAAAAAGCGCUAUCGCUAUCGUUUGAACACAUACAUUAAUAUAGCCAAAGUUCAGCCCAUUUUAUUCCGGAAAGAAAACCAUUCUUCGUGGAAGUGUCGGUCCGAGUCCAUGCUUUGGCGCCCUUUAUUUACCUCCCGGACAGGCUGCGCUUCGGAAUAGGCUUUGCGCAUUGCUUCGGACAAUAUGUUCGCCAUGCCCACCAGAGGAGUUUUCUACUUUCAUACGUGGUCUACUUGUUCAUUUGCGGGAGAGGGGAGGCCUCUCGCGGAGGACUCCGACAACCGCUCAAGAAGUGGUGCUCUUUUGGUCAUUUUUUUGGCCAGGCCCCACAAGCAUUUACCCGAAAACUGGCCUAUUCGCGCAAAAGUCUGCCUGGACCUUCCCGGACACGAUGAUACGUGCCCGAACUUUGGCCUUGUAAUACAAGGCCAGUGCGAAAUACUAUUUCGCACUGGCUCUACUUGCGCCUUUGUAGGUAGGACCUUCUGGAAAAGGGCAGAACCCGUUGUGCAAGUCCAUUCUUCGAGCACAUGUCAUCGCUUCCGGGACAGACCUUCGUACGAAAGGGCCAACUUAUUUCGACGACAUUUUGCCAGGGGUGGUGUGGGCAUACAAAUGGGCCUCAUGCCUGAACAAGCAGACCAAACCAGAAACAAGACCCCCUCGGGAUAUUGCGAGGCCAUUGACGCUCAAAGCAAUGCGACAAAUAAGCGAUAGCUUCAUCGCAAGCCCCCAAUCAGCAUGCUUCGCAACGCCUCGAGAAGUAGCUUGCUUUUCUCAAAAAGAGGACGAGUCGAACUUUGUUUGCUGAUAAGAGUGAUCGCGAUAACGCUUUUCCUUUGGAUAGGUGGACCUCGCUGUCGAGUACGGCGUCACGUCCCAAGACGUUUCCAACGCGGCGCAGUUCGAUCUCCUGGACGCCGACGAGAGCGGGUACCUGGAGGGUGCGGAAGCGGAGGCCUGCCCGGAGUCGGUUGAUCGCAAUCAGGACAAAAAGCUGGACCGUGAUGAGCACGGUCAGUACUGCUCCGGCGCCCUUUCGGAGGGCAGCGGUGUUGCGUCCUCGUUUCUGAUGUCCGGAGAGGCGACACCUGAAGGUGAUUUCUCACCAUCGAACAUCAAUGGGGAUGGGAGGAGCAUGAGUAUCAUCUUACCGAAUGGAGCAACGCGCGAGCUGGUGCAGCAGGGGAACCGAUACUAUGUCAGGCAGCGGGCAGUGAAUAUAUAUGGGAAGGAAUACAGUAAGUUUGCCAAUUUUUUUUUUGUUUUUUUUUACAUCGUGACUUUACGGCUCUUUAUCUCUUCAGCGUCGUGUUUUAACUAUAUCUAGGGUUGAAAGAUGAAACCUCGAAUCCUCAAUAUCAUGCAGCCGUCAGCGAGGAGUACGACAGGGAAAAGCACGGCGACGGCGAGUACUUCAUUACGAACUUCCCGGAUGGACAUGGAAGUAUCGUGGGGAUGGGCCGAAUUAAUGAUGAAACAAGCGAGAAGAAAGUAUUGACGUGUGCCCGAUAAUAAUAAUUUCUGUUUGAAUGCAAAGUCGUAGCCAUGCAUGCUAUCGGUAUUCGUACAGAGCUUGCAACUACUGCACUUGCAUGCCUAUGCUGUUAUUUUUGAUGGUCCUCAACAUCAUCAUCAUGUAGCGCAUGAUGAGAGGGCAACCAGGACGAAGAAAUGAAGAAGACCAUUGAUGGGUCUUUGAUUGCGCGGCUGCAGGGUUGUUUGAUGUGAACCCAAUGCACGCGCAAUUUCGGAGCUCAUAGCUGGUAGCUUCCACAUCCGUUGAGGAUCGUAACCGCAUAGAUUUCCCAAAAUUGCCGUUCACCACAGCCACGGUCGCGACGGCAACGGCGACAACGCGGGUUAUUUUGUUGCUGA